AUGGAGCUCCUCUGCUUUGAGGACGACAUCAGCUCCCCGAACCUAGAGUACUACCAGAUGACGUGUGACCAGUACCAGGAGGCCGCCAGCAAGGCCGAGGCCCACAUCAGGCCCAGGAGCACGGCACCAGUCUGCAGCGGCCUGCAAGCCCAGAUCCUCGACUGUUACCGGGACAACGGAGAGCGGACUCUGAGCUGCUCCGGUCUGGCCAAGGAGUACAUGCUGUGUGUCAACGCUGCCAAGAAGGACCUGCUGGCGAAUCGCGGAUGAAGCUGAGAGCUCAGGCCUCGUCUGUGUCCCCAGAGCCGGCGGUGGCCUCUCGUCACGGCCGGAAACCAUGCUGCCGAAAGCAUGCCUUCUCUCUCCGCGUGUUUUUUUUGACACUGGAUUGUAUUAUCAUGAUUUAUUUUAAAUCUGCUCUGCUCCAUCGAUCAGGCUUUAAUAAAUCCCUCCAGUCCUUAAGAAAGCGGGCUGAAGACGAUUCUUUUUUUUUUUGUGUGUGUGGUUAUCGUCAUUGGUGUGUGACGCCUGAAUUUUAUUAGCAGACUCAGGAAUGCUGGACACAUCACCCCUAUGGAUCAUGUAUAUUUACGAUAUAAUUAAACUAUAGUUGUAAGAAAACAAUUCUUGCAAUUAUCUGGA